AUGUAUAUGAACAGUAGAUGCAUAGCACGUAGGCCACAUGUAGGUCCCAAAUACAUGUACGAAAGAGGUAGAGCACCCUUAGUUACACUACAACUUUCCUUACAGAGCAAAGAAAUGAAUAAAAUACCUAAGCUGAACAAGGGAAAACUUACAUUGGUUAAUAGUAAAAGAGAGUUAUCCCAUUUUAACAGUGUGCUUGAAAUAGGUGGUUGCUAUUAUUAUGACCCCUUUACCAAAUAUAGCAAAAAUGAACAAAUAAAAUGUUACAAAAAUAUAAAGAGAAAUAUAGGAAGUUGUGUAGAGCAUCAGAACAAUAUUUUAUCAAAUAAAAGGAAAAAAUAUAUAUACCUUUAUGCCUUAAUUUUUACUGGUAUGUUUGGAUAUGCUACCCUAAAAUGGAACGAAAAAAGAGACAUUAAAUAUUUCCUGAACGAAAUGAAAGAAAUAUCAGAUGACAUUUUUGAUAAACUAGAUAACAUUGUGUUAUUCGUGUUAGAUAAAAAUAAAUUAGCUGAAGAAAAAAAAAAAAUUCAAGAAAUUAAAACUGAAAUUGAAAAACUAAACAUUAAAAAUAUUAAUUUCCUCUACACACAUCAUGAGGAAAGCAAAGAUUAUGCAUGCUAUUUGUACAAAGGAAGACGCAGGAGAAACAUAACUAAGGACGAGUUUAGUGUCACCUCCAUUAAGGACAUUGUUGAGCCCUUUUUUACACCACUUAGUGAAGACUACGAAAAGGUGAAUGAGGGAAACAAUGACAAUUUUCCAGUAUGCGUAACACAUGAUACGUUUGAAAAGGAGAUCAUUGAAGACUCGAAGAAAAAUGAAAUACUUCUGGUUAUGUUUGAAAAUACCUGCUUCUUAUGCUUUCUAUACAAGCCAUUUAUAAAUACUCUACACAAAUUGUUUAAGGAGAACAAUAUUGAGCUAAAGCUGAAGAAGUAUAAUAUAGAGAAGAAUGAUUAUGCGCCCAAUAUGAUAAUCUGUAGGGGGACUCCAACGUUUUUGCAUUAUCACAACGGAAAGGGGAAAAAAUUGGAUGAGUACAAACCAAAUGAUUUAAUCAACAAAAUAGACCAAAUUAUUAAAUCCCCACAAAACAUUAAAGAACAAAUGAUUGCGAAGGCAGAGUUAAUACAUGCAAGGAUGCAUCAGUUUGGUUAUCUAACUAUGUGGAUGACCGAGUCGAAAAUUAUAGAAAAUAUGCUUAUAAGAAGACACAUAAAGGAUAUGCCAAAUAACAAUGAUGAUGAUAUCGUUUACAAUGAAAUACUAACGGCCCUUAUAGAAGAAGAUAUACAAAGAAAUGAUUUAAUUGAAGAUAGCUUGGAUUAUACCAAGGAGAAAAUAAAAGCAGCUGAGAAAAGUUGCUUUGUAGCAGCUAUGAUGAUGGCCAAUGAAUUAAUUGAUGAAGAAAAAAAGAAUUAUAAUGUGAAUUAA